CCCCCGCGGCCCGGGCAGCGCGCAGCGACCCCCGGCCGGGCCAGGCAUGUGAAGAUGUCAGUGGGCUGUGCAUGCCCUGGCUGCUCCUCUAAGUCAUUCAAGCUGUACUCGCCAAAGGAGCCCCCGAACGGCAACGCCUUCCCCCCUUUCCACCCAGGCACCAUGCUGGAUCGAGAUGUGGGACCUACUCCUAUGUACCCACCAACGUACCUGGAGCCUGGAAUUGGGAGGCACACGCCGUACGGGAACCAGACUGACUACAGGAUAUUUGAGCUCAACAAGCGGCUGCAGAACUGGACAGAGGAAUGUGACAAUCUGUGGUGGGACGCCUUCACCACAGAGUUCUUUGAGGAUGACGCCAUGCUAACAAUCACUUUCUGCUUGGAGGAUGGACCAAAGAGAUACACGAUCGGCCGGACUUUGAUUCCCCGUUACUUCCGCAGCAUCUUUGAAGGGGGGGCCACAGAGCUCUACUACGUGCUCAAGCACCCCAAGGAGUCCUUCCACAACAACUUUGUUUCGCUGGACUGUGACCAGUGCACCAUGGUCACCCAGCACGGCAAGCCCAUGUUCACCCAGGUAUGUGUGGAGGGGCGGCUCUACCUGGAGUUCAUGUUUGAUGACAUGAUGAGGAUAAAGACGUGGCAUUUCAGCAUCCGCCAGCAUCGAGAGCUCAUCCCCCGCAGCAUCCUUGCCAUGCAUGCACAGGAUCCCCAGAUGCUGGACCAGUUGUCCAAGAACAUCACACGCUGUGGGCUCUCAAACUCCACACUCAACUACCUCCGACUCUGCGUAAUCCUAGAACCAAUGCAGGAGCUCAUGUCACGGCACAAGACCUACAGCCUCAGUCCCCGGGACUGCCUCAAGACUUGCCUCUUCCAGAAGUGGCAGCGGAUGGUCGCUCCACCUGCGGAGCCAGCACGGCAGCAGCCCAGCAAGCGCCGGAAAAGGAAGAUGUCGGGGGGCAGCACCAUGAGCUCUGGCGGGGGAAACACCAACAACAGCAACAGCAAGAAGAAGAGCCCAGCCAGCACCUUUGCCCUGUCCAGUCAGGUACCUGAUGUGAUGGUGGUAGGCGAGCCCACGUUGAUGGGGGGGGAGUUUGGGGACGAGGACGAGCGGCUCAUCACCCGGCUGGAGAACACGCAGUUUGACGCCGCCAACGGCAUCGACGACGAGGACAGCUUCAACAACUCGCCGGCGCUGGGGGCCAACAGCCCCUGGAACAGCAAACCGCCCUCCAGCCAGGAGAGCAAGUCAGAGAACCCCACGUCACAGGCGUCGCAGUAACAGCCCCCCUGCCGCCCCGUGGACUCAGUCCCAACCAAUCUACCUGUACAUUUGCAACGGAGAGUGACUGGGAAGUGGCAAGGUCCCAGGGGCACUCCGGCGCCGCGCGGAUUAUGGGGUGCACGGCCUGGGGCGCGUGCCAGGCAGGCAGCCCCCAGCCCUCUCUCCCCGCCGCCUCCCCGCACCCCCACGCCUGCCUCCACAACGGACCCCAGGGCAGGGGUGGGUUUCCGGGGCCAUAGCUUCGUUAUUCCCCCUUCUCUUUUCCUCCCUGCUUCUUGCCCAGAGAGCUUCUCAUCCCCACCCCGAUGUGCCCCACCCCUCCCUGCUGAGUGGGGGGAAUUAGGCGGGAGGUGUUAGCAGCAGCUGGCAUUACCAGAUGCCACGUGUCGGGGUUUGGCACAGCCCCGAGACCCUCCUCCUGCCCGGGUUCUAUGGCUGGUGUUUGCUGAGCAGCCACCUGCAGCAGGGUUGCACAUCCCCAGUCCAGCCUCGGGCUAGGUGAGGGGGGGGAGCAGUGAUGGAAACCCGUCCUUAUGCCUCGGGUUCUGCCACAGAACCUCCUCCGGCUGGCGUCAGAUCCUGCAGCGCUGGGGUGGUGUUGAGGAUAGGGCCCCAUCGUAUUUUCCCACUCUCCUGCACCCUCCUGUUCCCCUCGCUCCCCAGAGUGAAAGCGCAGCACGGCCAUAGGGGGACUCUGUAUAUAGGAAGUGUGUGGCGGGGGGCCUGGAGGGACACGGAGGACCUGCAGCUCUGCUGGAGCAGCCAGUGCCCUUGCUCACUGCCUGCAGCCCCUGUGUUCCCCUCCACCCUGCGUGAGUCUGCCUGGGGCCCCUUUGCAAACCCUGGCUCCUGGUACCUCCUACUUUUGUCUUUUUUUAAGAAAAAAAAAUAAUAUUAUUAAAAUUGUAAGUUUAAAAAAAAAAGAAAGAAAAAAAAUGGGAAAAGCCCCCCUCAGCCCCCUUGCCAGUUCCCUCCUCCCUGUCUUGAACCCUCUCACCCUGUCCUGACUUUUGUACAGGCUUCUUCUCUUGGAAGUCUCAUUUUAUAUCCAGUUCGGAGAGCUUCAAACCAAGGAGAGACUUUGCAGACUUCCUUUCUAAUCCCUCCAGGGGUCGGGGGGAUCAGCCCCCCACCUCCCUCCUCAAUGUAAAUCUUGUGUGCUGUUGUCCCCACUCCCCCCCUCGGGUUCGUGUACCUCGUGCUUGUACAUUUCCGCGCUGUAGACAGUGUGUACGAUACUGUUCUUUCAAUGUGUUAUCACUAGAGCAGGUGCCUCCAUUGAUGUUAGGGGAAACGAUGAGAAAAAUAAUAAUUU